AGAAAGCUUCCCGCAACACGCCUCCUAGGAAGAGUCCAGCAGCAGCUGAUGUAACGCAGAGUGUGGACCCGGGGACAUCAGAGAGCAAGUAGAAGACAAACGACAGAAAAGUAUUGGACAACAACAAAGAAGACAAGUAAAGAGAAGGAAGAAAACAUUAGAGCCAAACAGUGAAAUACUUAAGGGAGUUGCGAUAUUAGGCAACACUCCACAGCAAGCAGUGAAGUUGUGCUGAAGCUUCUGUGUGCUGCAGCAUGUUGGCCUCCACGCUGAGAACAGCAGCCAGACCGUGCAGGAGUGUGCUGCAAUCUCGAGUGCAGUCGGUGCUGACACAGGCAGUGCGGAUGCGCUCACACUUGCCACUCAACACUGUGGUGCUCUUCGUUCCGCAGCAGGAGGCGUGGGUGGUGGAGCGGAUGGGGAGAUUCCACCGAGUGCUGGAGCCUGGCAUCAAUGUGCUCAUUCCGCUGCUGGACAAGGUCAAGUAUGUGCAGAGCCUUAAAGAAAUUGCCAUUGAUGUGCCCCAGCAAGCUGCCAUCACCUCAGACAAUGUGGCACUCAACAUUGAUGGCGUGCUGUAUCUUCGCAUCAUUGAUCCUUAUCGAGCCAGUUAUGGUGUGGAGGACCCAGAGUUUGCCAUCACACAGCUUGCACAAACCACCAUGAGGUCUGAGUUGGGUAAAAUCUCUCUUGACUAUGUGUUCAGAGAGCGUGAGAGUCUGAACAUGAAUAUAGUGGAUGUGAUCAACAAAGCAUCUGAAUCUUGGGGAAUCACCUGCCUUCGUUAUGAGAUUCGUGACAUCCGGCUGCCACCACGGGUGCAGGAUGCCAUGCAGAUGCAGGUUGAGGCUGAGAGGCGGAAGAGAGCAGCUAUCCUGGAGUCUGAGGGAGUGAGGGAGGCUGAGAUCAAUGUGGCUGAAGGCAAGCGCAAAGCUCGCAUCCUUGCCUCUGAGGCUGACAAGGUUGAGCAGGUGAACAAUGCCAAGGGUAGAGCUGAAGGUCUCAGUAUUCUGUGUCAGGCUUUGUCACAUAAGCAAGGCCUGAAUGCUGCCUCCCUUGCCACUGCCCAAUCUUAUAUUGAGGCAUUCCAGCACCUGGCCAAGCAAAACAACACCCUCAUCUUGCCGGCCAACGCAGGGGACGUUACUGGGGUGGUGGGCUCAGCAGUCACCAUGUACAAUGCUCUUGCCAAGACCAUGCAGGCAAACUCCAAAUACCAGGAGGAGGUGCCAGCUGAACCAACUCCUCCACCAUCUUUAUCAUCAUCACCAUUGCCAUUUUCUCAGAGUUUGCCCGAAGACCAAUAGGACUGCUUUUUUGUUCUCUCUCUCUCUCUCUCUCUCUCUCUCCAUUUUUAUUAUAUUUUCCUCUUUUUUUUCUUUUUUUUCCCCCAUCUGCUUUUCUGAUUUUUUGUAAUAGUGUUGAUUGAUUGUGUGAGUGUGUGCUUUUAACAGUAUGUACUGUAUAUCUCAGGUCUGUCAUUUCAGUACACACACACACGCACACCACACACACACACACACACACACACACACACACACACACACACACACACACACACACAC